CACUUCCGGCCUCGCGUGGGUCGCAAUCACUGUUCCGCAGGUCCCGCCUGCAUUCCUCGCGCCCUCUUCCUGGAGUCCCGGCUCUCCUUCACCCCGCCCCAACACUGACACUCAGUCCUCAGUCGUCGAGGGCAGCUCCCGCGAGGGGCUCGUUUGGCGCACUCAAAACGCUCAGCGCGCACCACAGGUCGUCCGCCCCGACCCCGCCCCCCGUCCACCGUCCCCGGAGGCCUCCAGCUCGGCCCCGCCUCUGUCCCUUCCCUGUGGCGGAGCCGCCUCUCCUCGCUCCCUGCCCGUUACUGCAGCGCUCCCGCCUUCCCGCCGCCGUUGUUGGGACCAGCAGCUCGGGGCCGGGCUGAUACGGCCGCUUCACCACGCCCCUGCCCGCGACCAUGGCCUCCUCCGAGGUGGCGCGGCACCUGCUCUUUCAGUCUCACAUGGCAACGAAAACAACUUGUAUGUCUUCACAAGGAUCUGAUGAUGAACAAAGAAAAAGAGAAAACAUUCGUUCCUUGACUAUGUCUGGCCAUGUUGGUUUUGAGAGUUUGCCUGAUCAGCUGGUGAACAGAUCCAUUCAGCAAGGUUUCUGCUUUAAUAUUCUCUGUGUGGGGGAAACUGGAAUUGGAAAAUCAACACUGAUUGACACAUUGUUUAAUACGAAUUUUGAAGACUAUGAAUCCUCACAUUUUUGCCCAAAUGUUAAACUUAAAGCUCAGACAUAUGAACUCCAGGAAAGUAAUGUUCGAUUGAAAUUGACCAUUGUGAAUACAGUGGGAUUUGGUGACCAAAUAAAUAAAGAAGAGAGCUACCAACCAAUAGUUGACUACAUAGAUGCUCAGUUUGAGGCCUAUCUCCAAGAAGAGCUGAAGAUUAAGCGUUCUCUCUUUACCUACCAUGAUUCUCGCAUCCAUGUGUGCCUCUACUUCAUUUCACCAACAGGCCACUCUCUGAAGACACUUGAUCUCUUAACCAUGAAGAACCUUGACAGCAAGGUAAACAUUAUACCUGUGAUUGCCAAAGCAGAUACGGUUUCUAAAACUGAAUUACAGGAGUUUAAGAUCAAGCUUAUGAGUGAAUUGGUCAGCAAUGGCGUCCAGAUAUACCAGUUCCCAACGGAUGAUGACACUAUCGCUAAGGACAAUGCUGCGAUGAAUGGAUUGUUGCCGUUUGCUGUUGUGGGAAGUAUGGAUGCGGUGAAAGUUGGAAACAAGGUGGUCAAAGCUCGCCAGUACCCUUGGGGUGUUGUACAAGUGGAAAAUGAAAACCACUGUGACUUUGUAAAGCUGCGGGAAAUGCUCAUUUGUACAAACAUGGAGGACCUGCGAGAGCAGACCCAUACCAGGCACUAUGAGCUGUACAGGCGCUGCAAACUGGAGGAAAUGGGCUUUACAGAUGUGGGCCCAGAAAACAAGCCGGUCAGUCUUCAAGAGACCUAUGAAGCCAAAAGACAUGAGUUCCAUGGUGAACGUCAGAGGAAGGAAGAAGAAAUGAAGCAGAUGUUUGUACAGCGAGUAAAGGAGAAAGAAGCCAUAUUGAAAGAAGCUGAGAGAGAGCUACAGGCCAAAUUUGAGCACCUUAAGAGACUUCACCAAGAAGAGAGAAUGAAACUUGAAGAAAAGAGAAGACUUUUGGAAGAAGAAAUAAUUGCUUUCUCUAAAAAGAAAGCUACCUCCGAGAUAUUUCACAGCCAGUCCUUUCUGGCAACAGGCAGCAACCUGAGGAAGGACAAGGACCGUAAGAACUCCAAUUUUUUGUAAAACAGAAGUUCCAGAGCACAGAAGGUCAUCAUCACAAGCAAACUUCAAUAAAAAAAACUAGAAGUGUGCUUUGAUUUUGCUGUUUUUAUGUGUUUUAUCACUCUGUAUUUGGUGAACGGCCACAGUUACUGAUAUUUAUGGUAAAGUACUUUCAAGUACAAGGUCAAUACAUAAGCCAGAGUGAAUGAUACUACAAGUUGAGCAUCUCUAAUUCAAUAAUCUGAAAUCCAGAAGCUUCAAAAUCUGAAUCUUUUUGAGCACUGACUUGACCCCACAAGUGGAAAAUUCCCCACCUGACACCUUUGCUUUCUGAUGGUUCAGUUUAAACGGAUUUUGUUUCUUGCACAAAAUUAUUAAAAAUGUUGUAUAAAUUACUUUCAGGCUAUAUGUAUAAGGUGGAUGUGAAACAUGAAUUAUGUAAUUAGUCAGGUCCCAUUGUGUAUAUGCAGAUAUUCCAGAAUCUGAAAUCCAAAACACUUCUAGUCCCUAGCAUUUUGGAUAAGGGAUACUCAGCUUGUACCUAUAUAUUCAUAUAUAUUCACUGUUGUUAGAAAGUUUUAAGUUGCUGUUUUGUAAUGAAUCUAAAUCUUUUGUCUUGCUACCAAGCUAUUGUCACUGCAGUGCAUUAUACCAAAGAGCAAAGUGUCAGUGCCAUUGAAAAUACAGAACCCAUUAAUAUCGUGACUAUAUGAUUGCAUUUAUAUUCCAAGAUGAACCUUUUUUAUACUAAAAAUUUUGGGGAAUAUGUUUUGGGAUGUAUUAUAGAGCUGAAACUCUAACCUCUUAAUAGUUUUAUAGAACUUAAAAAUUUUUGAUACAGUUACCCAAUUGGUGAUAUGAUCUUAAGCUUUUAUGUCAAAAUAUUUAAUAUGACUUCAUGCUUUAUUAUGCCUUAUUAUGGCUGAUGUAUUACUCUGGUGGAACAAAAUAUCUUUAAAAGUUAAAACAUCCAAAUAUAUAAACUCUUUUUUCCUAAUGAUAAAGUACCUUUGAGUAUGAGUGUAUCACAGCUUUCAUUAGGAAAACUUUUCAUUACAUACUUGUUUAAACUCUGUCUUCCAGGGGAAAAAUAAUAAGGUUGAAUCAUUUUAUUAAAAAUACAUUUUGAGAAAAUAGCUGAACAUCUGAAUAUUAAAGAUAUGAAAAUGCACAUAAUUCAUAUUUCAGGUGGUAUUUGCAUUCAGUGCCUUGCUAGUAUUCUCAGAACAUUUUAAUUAUUUCUAACAUUUCUUAACAGUCAUAGAUAUAUAAAUUUUCAUUAUUUGUACUUGAAUAUUCUAAAUAAAACUGACAUUUACUCUUGACAAAUAAAACAUGUAUAUUUACUAAAA